AUGCCAGGAACAUGGUUUACAUAUGAUUAUUCCUAUGCUAUAGCUAACUGUAAAACUAUUAGGUUUUUUCUAAGCAUUGCAGAUCCAUACACCAAAGGUUCUGGGGUCUGGAUCCCAGAUUCCCAGGAAGUAUGGAAACCAGCAGUUUUGAUCCAAGUCUAUAAGGAGGGAGAUAAAGCCCUUCAUCUCCGCCUCAAAGAUGGGUUGGACCUUUGGUACCCUGUGAACCCUUCCUCAUUGCCUCCCUUGAGAAAUCCUGAGGUACUGAUAGGAGAGAAUGAUUUGACAGCAUUGAGUUUUUUGCACGAGGCAGCGGUCCUGAACAGUCUGAGGGUUCGAUUUCUGCAAGGGAAUAAUAUUUACACAUAUUGUGGCAUUGUAUUGGUUGCAAUUAACCCUUAUGAGCAGUUACCUAUCUAUGGAGAUGAUAUAAUAGCUGCAUAUAGCAAGAGCAGCCGGGGUGAACUGGAUCCUCACAUCUUUGCAGUAGCUGAAGAGGCAUUUACGUUAAUGGGAAGGGAUGGGCAAAAUCAGUCUAUAAUAAUCAGCGGUGAGUCUGGUGCUGGUAAAACUAUGUCUGCCAAAUAUGUUGUGCGGUACUUCGCCACUGUUGGAGGAGCAUACAGAGACACAAACAUAGAGGAGAGAGUGCUGGCUUCAAAUCCCAUCAUGGAGGCUAUUGGAAAUGCCAAAACCACUCGAAAUGAUAAUAGCAGCCGUUUUGGAAAAUAUGUGGAGAUUGGCUUCAACACAAACCACCAGAUAGUUGGAGCUGGAAUGAGAACCUAUCUUCUGGAGAAGUCUAGAGUCACUUUCCAGGCAGCCUCUGAAAGGAAUUACCACAUAUUUUACCAGCUCUGUGCAUGCUGCUCCCAUCCAGAAUUUGAAGCCCUGCAACUUGCUGAUGCUUCUGAGUUCCAUUACACUAACCAGGGAGGAGAUCUCUAUGUGGAAGGUGUGCAUGAAACCUCAGAUCUACAAAGAACAAGAAAGGCAUUUUCCUUGCUUGGUUUUAGCUCCUUUGAUCAGUUUGAAAUGUUUCGCAUAAUUUCAGCAAUUUUACAUCUGGGAAAUGUGGAAUUGAUAGCACAUGGUGCAGACCACUGCUAUGUAAAGGACAAUGACUACCACCUUGAAAUGUUUUGUUCUCUUCUUGGUGUAGAGUGCACGGAGAUGGCUAAGUGGCUGUGCAACCGUAAGUUUGUAACUGUGGCUGAAACUUAUGUGACCCCAAUGUCUAUAUCUCAGGCAUUUAAUAAUCGGGAUGCUCUGGCCAAACACAUGUAUGGGAGCCUCUUUCACUGGACUGUGACACGUGUUAACCAAGCCCUCAGCACUGGAACGUCACGUCACUCCUUCAUUGGUGUGCUGGAUAUAUAUGGGUUUGAGACUUUCAAGGUGAACAGCUUUGAACAAUUCUGCAUUAACUAUGCUAAUGAGAAGCUUCAGCAACAGUUCAAUUGGCAUGUUUUCCAGUUGGAACAGACCGACUACAUACAGGAGCAGAUCCCUUGGACCCUCAUAGAUUUCUAUGACAAUCAGCCCUGUAUAGAUCUAAUUGAGGGUAGACUUGGGAUACUGGAUCUGCUGGAUGAGGAAUGCAAGAUGCCGAAUGGCAGUGAUAGAUCUUGGGCUUUAAAGCUCUAUGAUAGACACUCGCAGACUCCUCAUUUCCUCAAGCCUCCCCUCUCUCGGCUUGCGUUCACUGUACGCCACUUUGCAGAUGAGGUGCAAUAUUCCUGCUCUGGGUUCCUGGAGAAAAAUCGGGAUAGCAUUUAUGAGGAGCCAAUUAAGAUCCUCCGAGCAUCCAAGUGCAAGUUGGUUUCUGAGCUCUUUCAGGAGGACACAAAGGAUUUGCUGGAUAAUCCUGACACAGACAGAAGUACAAGAAAGGGUGUGACACUACCCCGUGGCCGAAAAUCAUUCCACAUGUCGGCAAAAUCAUCUCGAAGAACCAUUGGGUGUCAGUUUCGGGCAUCUCUACAGCAGUUAAUGUCUGUACUGAACUGCACUAACCCUCACUACGUUCGCUGCAUUAAACCAAAUGAUAGCAAGAAACCAUUCCUUUUUGAGCCUCACCGAGCUGUGCAACAGCUUCGAGCAUGUGGGGUGCUGGAGACCAUUCGGAUCAGUGCAGCUGGAUACCCCUCAAGGUGGACAUAUGAAGAAUUUUUCAGCCGAUACCGUUUUCUUACCCAGUCAGUGCUACAAAAUGCAGACAUGAAGGAAAACUGCAGGCAAGCGCUUAAUGAACUGGUAAUGGACCCUAACUCUUACCAGCUCGGAAACACAAAGGUUUUCUUCCGUGCUGGCCAGGUGGCAUAUUUGGAGAGACAGCGAGGAAAAAAGCUUUUUCAGGCUUGUGUUGUUAUCCAGAAAAGAUUGCGUGGGUGGGUGGCAAGAAAGCAGUUCAUCAAAUUACGGAAAGCUACUAUCACUCUGCAAGCCUAUGUCAGAGGUCUUCAAUCCCGAAGGUUAUUAAUAUUUCUUCGGCAUAGCAGAGCAGCAAAAAUUCUUCAGACACAAUAUCGCAUGAUCACUGCCCGCCGCCACUUCAUUUAUCAGCGCAAAAUGGUCAUCACUCUUCAGAAAUACACCAGAGGGUUAUUCGCGCGUCGAUUUUACCAUCAGUUUCUUUUGAGGAACCGGGCAGUGCUACUCCAGACACAGAUCCGUGGCUGGUUGGCACGAAGACGAUUUGCACAAAUACGGUCUGCCACCUUGUACCUUCAAUGUUGCUGGCGAAGAGUGUGCGCACGGAGAGUGCUUCAUCAGCUAAAACUGGAGGCACGCUCUGUCCAGAGAUAUCAACAGCUAAAUAAAGGUCUAGAGAUAAAGAUCAUGCAGUUGCAGUGCCAGAUCAACAAGCAGAAUGGAGAACUACAGCGGCUGCAGUUUGAGAUAUCUCAGAUGACGACAACUCUCCAAGCAGGAGAAGACCGUCUGCAUACAGACUUGGAGCAUACAGAAAAGCUAAGAGCUGAACUACAAAGACUACAUCAGGAGAAAGAGGAAACCGACAAACUCCAUACUCAAGAGAGAGAGAAUCUAUUGCAUUAUUCCUCGCUCUGCCUCUUUCUCACAUUUUUUUUGUCCACCUCUGUGUCUCGCAUUACUAUUAUUGGCAUGAUGGACAAGAAAGUAAAAAACCUGGAAGAGAAACAAGAGCUCCUCAAAGAAGAAAUGAAUAAAAUGACAGAAUGUGUGAGGGACCAGCAACUUCAACUUGAAAGUAUGACGACAGAGAAUGUUAAAUUGACUUAUGAGCUGGAUUCAGAACACAAGAAGUUCCAAAAUUUACUAAAAGAAUUAUCCAAGUUGGAACAGCAUAGUCAUAAUAUGAUGGAGGAACAAUCAUGCCACAAAGAAGAAAGGGCAUAUAGUUUGGCACAGGGGGAUAAUAGUAUGUUGGAAAUGCAAAAGAAUAUUUUGAUUUACGGCAAUACAAAAAUCCAGCCUGUGCAAGAAAAACCUGAUAUGAACCGCUUGAACCAGGAGAACCAGAGCCUGAGAGAGCAGCUGGUAAAACAGCAGAGAAAUAUGCGCAAAUUGAAAAAGCAGCUGCAGGUUUACAAGGGGCAUGAGCUAGGAACUGGUAUGAUUGGCAUACAUCCUCCUCAACCACCCCAGGAUAUGUGCCACCCACCUGAUGUACUGGAACAGGUGGUCCGGCCCUGGCGAGGAAUGCUUGUGUGCCAUCCAGAGGAUGAAGCACUACUCAUCCAAACAAUCAUUACUGACUUGCGGCCUGAGGACAUUCUGGAUUUGGAGCCGGAGCUUCCAGCGUACGUACUGUUCAUGUGCUUUAGAUAUGCAGAUUAUAACAGCGCAGAACAUCAUGUCUUAUCACUCUUCACAGCGUCUGUAAAUGGCAUCAAGAGAAUUGUGAAGAAGAACAGCAAUGAUUUUGACUUGAUUGCCUUCUGGUUCUGUAACACAUUGCGUCUCAUGCACUGUUUAAAGCAGUAUAGCGGUGAGCUGGAAACCAGACAGGAGAACACCCCUGAACAGAACCAGCAUUGCUUACAACACUUCGAUAUGAGCAGUCACUGGCAUAGCCUGUCUUCCCUGUGUGCCAGCAUCUACAAAAGGCUUUUGAAGGCAGCAGCCGAAAAAAUGCAGCCAAUCAUAUUGCCAGGUAUGCUGCAGAAUGAUAACAUACAGGGUCUGUCAUGCCCUCGAAUUUUUGGUCUGAGGAAUACUCCAACCCGUGACUCCCUGAACUCCCUCUUGCUGAUGAUGAACUCAUUCCAUUCCACCCUGCGACGCUGCCAUCUGCAGAGUGAUGUUAAUGCACAGAUAUUACGCCAUUUUCUUCACACAAUAUGUGGGGUCUCAUUAAACCACCUGCUACUACAUAAGGAUGUCUGUUGUUGGAGCCGUGGUGUGCAGAUCAGAUACAACAUCAGCCAGUUGGAGGAGUGGCUCCGUGAAAGAGGUUUUCAUACAGUAUGGAUGCUGGAGCCUCUUGAGCCACUAGUUCAGGCAUCACAGCUCUUACAGGUGAAGAAGAUAACAAAAGAUGAUGCUCUGGCAGUGUGCUCCAUGUGUACUGCUCUUAGCCCUGCCCAGGUGGUAAAGAUUCUUGGCCAAUACACACCACUGAAUGACUUUGAAGAGCGAGUUUCUUCCUCCUUUAUUCGCAGUGUGCAGGAACUACUGCAAGGAAAAGUUAGAGUUGAAGGAACAUCUCAGCUCCUUGUGGAUGUGAAUAUUCUUGUACCAGCAUAUUUCCCAUAUAACCGAUCGUCCGUCUGUCUCAAUAAGCUCCGCCUACCACAGUGUGUUAACCUGAGCUUUCUUCGCAGGCUCUAA